AUGUCCGCAAACGCGACCAACGCUGGAGGCAACCCCAGGGGGAGGGGCGGCAGAGGGAGCAAACUCGCCAAAAAUAGCCACAUUGCGCAGAAUGCCGCCAGCGCAGCGAGCAGCGGAGUCAGCAGUAACGCCGCUAACAGUAGUAACGCCGCUAACAGCAGUAACGUCGCCAAUAUCGCAAAUAGCGCAAAUGGCCGGAACGCCCCGCACGGACUGAGCCCGCCGAGUCACAAAGCGUUCGCGGAGGGCGAAAUCUCGGACGCCGGCCCCCCGGCCACAGAUCGCUCGGACGACAACAACAGCACGGUCGACAAUGACGAGCGAAACACGCUAAUACAGGUGCUGCACAGCUAUGAAGACUUCCAGAAGAAAAAUAUGCACUACGGGAAGGUGAACCCCUACAGAAAAAGGGAAUCCCAAUUAAGCAAAAUGAGAAGGUCCAUAGUAAAGUUGUUUACCCUCAGUGAUAUUCGUCUAGACGAGAGUGACUCCAAUAGGAACGUAGAUGGCAGCACCUAUGGCAGUAGUGUUUCUAAAAGGAGGAACAAUGCAAACGGCUCGAAUUUCCUAACCAGCAGAGCAGCAAUGUGGAAUGAAGUCGAAAAAAACGACGACCCAGAAUACGAUUUAAAGUUAGAAAGCUCAAAAAAUAAAUCAUUCCGUGAUGCCAUAACACAUCAGUUAAGUGUCCUCAUAAAUGAUACCAUAAAUGAUAAAAAAGGGAUGACCUACAUAGCCGGCUUGAUGAUCAUCCUCUCCGUGUUGAUUACGUGCAUUUCGGGAGUGAUCACCUUGUUUAGCAACUCGGCAGGAGAAAAAACUAAUUUGAAUUUACACACCACGAAAAAUAACUAUGAUGAUAUAAAUAAAUUCAUGAAUUAUAUAAAAUUGGGAAAUGAAGAAAACAAUCGGAGUGACUUCUUACGGAUUUACGAGCUGCUGGAAGAAUUCAAAAUGAGCAUGAACCAAAGUAUGAGUGAAAAUAUGAACACCAUUUUGAAUAGCAAAAAGGAGAACCACGCACUGUACGAGUUAAAUGCCAGCUUGGAAAAUAAGCUAAAAGAGUUGGAAAAAAAAUUGCUCGUUAAUACAAAAGAUAUUGACUACUUUAAAAUUCAUUCCAAGAGAGAGGUGGAAAAUUUUAAAAAAAUACUGCAAGAAAAUUACGAAUCUUUUCAAAGCAAACUUAAGGAUUACGUUAAAACGGUAGACACUAUUAAGAAGGAUAUUCAUAAGAAGAGUUCCCUCAUUAAUGAUGUCGAAAAAAAAAUGAACAAAAGUCAAAUGGAUAUCAAGAAGGACGUGUCUGAUCGGGUGGAGAAUGAGAAAAGGGGCCUCCUCAACACCAUCAGCGAGCUGCAGAAGAAAAUCCAGUCCAUUGAAUCGAAGCUAUCAUCUCAUGGCGCCAAUUCGCGAGACUCCCUACAGAUGGAUAGCGAAGCCCAGGGGGGGUCGACAAAACGGGGAUGGACAACCCUCGGAUGGACCACCCCCGAAGCGGCACAAGCGGGAUGGACACCCCCCGAAGCGACACAGCCUGGAUCUACACAACCGGAAGUGAAACACAAAGAUGACCAAGGGGAGGCGCGCGAAAGACAAAUCGAGCAGCGCAUCGCCGAGUGGAACGAACAACACGCGGGCCUCAUGCAAGAGAUUCAGAAAGAACUAGAACUAUUAAAAGAGAGCGCAAAAAAAUCGACGGACUUUUUAGAUGAUGUCUUCCCCUCAUUUGAACAUAAAAUAUUAAAAAAUGUAGAAAACAAAAUUAAGUACUACCUAGAAAUGUACAAAAAGGACAUCUUAAGCGAAAUCACCGAAUCGAAAGUGAUAUACAAUGAAGAGAAGUACAAAGCCAUGGCUCUGAAGCAAGAGAAAAUGCAAUCUGAGCUGUUAAAAACGAUUAGUAGCCAAAUAAAGGCACAAACGAAAGUUAUAAAAGACGAUUUGAGCAAGUCCCUACACACCAUGGUAGAUCAGAAGCAAAUAAAAAUUGACAGUGACUAUCCAGUUAAAGCUGCAAAAAUUAGCUACGACUCCAUAGACAUGCUACAAAAAAAAGUGGACGAAUUGUACAAUGAAUUCAUCUUAGAUUAUAAUCAAAUCGAUUGGGCUUUGGAAUCUUUAGGAGCUAGAAUCGUUUACAAAAUGACAAGUUCUCCUCUCAAUCGAAAUGACUUCAUUGAAAAGUUUCUAAAUCAAAUUGCUUCCUUCCUACCGUCGGAAGAAAUAUACGGAAUGAUCAAACCGAUGGGGAAAGAUCCGUCUAUCAUUUUAAAGCCUUCAAAUUUCCCAGGCGAUUGUUUCUCCUUCAAUGGGAGUAAAGGAAAAAUAACGAUUCAUUUGCCAGCCACUAUUGACGUCUCAUCCAUUUCGAUACAACACGUGCAUGAAAAUAUUAGUAACAACUCAAAUGCUACUCCCAAGUAUUUCUCAGUUUACGGCGUCGUCGAUUCAAAUUGGCCGGAGCACUUUGAAUCACAGGAUAUUAACUAUGACGACUUUAAAAACAGCUCCCUGUACUCUUGCCUCCACUCCGUUUAUGGGAAUUUGCAGCCCAGGGAAAUUCUGGACAAGUGGCUCAAGGGCAACAAAAACCCGGGCCUCCUGCACCUCGGCGAUUUCUACUUCGACCGCAAGAAGAGGAUUUCCACCUACCCGACGAAGCACUGCUUCCCGGUCAAACGGAUAAUUUUUGAGUUCACCGAAAACUAUGGCGCGCCUUACACAUGCGUCUACAGACUGAAGGUCCAUGGGAAAAGAUGCAUCCGGAAAUUCAAGUAG